AUGGGUUCUUUACAAGAAAGAAUUACUUCUACCAAAGAUGGGUCCAUAACCUCUAUUCAAGCAGUUUAUGUACCCACAGACGAUUUGACCGACCCUGCUCUUGCAACGACAUUUGCACAUUUAGAUGCUACUACCGUACUAUCAAGAGGAUUGGCUGCCAAAGGUAUUUAUCCAACAGUAGAUCCUUUAGAUUCAAUGUCAACCAUGCUUCAACCUCGGAUCGUUGGUGAGGAACAUUAUGAAACCGCCCAAAGAAUUAAGCAAACUUUACAACGUUACAAAGAACUUCAGGACAGUAUAGGUAUCCUUGGAUUGGACGAAUUAUCCGAACAUGAUCAUUUACUCGUAGCAAAUGCGCGAAAAAUUGAGCGUUUCUUAUCACAACCCUUUUUUGUAGCAGAAGUAUUUACCGGUUCUCCAGGGAAAUAUGUUGGUCUAGCAGAAACAAUUUGA